CGUGCUUAUUAUUCACCAUGACCUGACAGCAGGGCGUGAGAGAGAGACAGAGACAGACGGACGGAGGGCACUCAACACAGGAGACCCUGUUUAAGUUUAAAUAAUUGAAGAAUCAUUAUUUUAGUGUUAAAAUUACAUCUGAGAAAUAGACGAAAGAGGGUAAGCUGAACCAGAGCUGAAGCGGCCUUAACCAUGAGAGCUACUCUGUGGUUGGUCUGUCUGUGUACAGCUCGUGUGUGGUGUCAAUCCACCUCCAGUCCUGCUAUUACACCAACAAGCGCACCAACUAUAAAUCCAACCACAAUAACUACUGCUGCACCAACUACUACACCAAGACCUCCUCCUCCUGAUGUUACCGAGGUAAUUGUGAAAACCCGCAAUGAGACUCACAUAGAGCUAGAGUGGACCAAAGUCAACAACAUCAACACUUACAUACUGAAACCGAGCGGUGGAACAGAAACCCCCAUCACUGGAUCAGAUGGGAACACAGUGACACACACAGUGUCAUCUCUCUCUGCUGGAACUAAAUACUUGUUCACUCUCUUCACGGUGUUUGAGGGAGUGAAAAGCACAGGAUUUGAGUUCUCAGCAGUUACAGCUCCCCGUGCUGUUACCAAGAUGAUUGUGAAAGACCGCUCUGAGACUCACAUAGAGCUAGAGUGGACCAAAGUCAACAACAUCAACACUUACAUACUGAAACCGAGCGGUGGAACAGAGACCGACAUCACUGGAUCAGAUGGGAACAUAGUGACACACAGAGUGUCAUCUCUCACUGCUGGAACAAAAUAUUCGUUCACUCUCUUCACGGUGUUUGAGGGAGUGAAAAGCGCAGGAUAUGAGUUCUCAGCAGUUACAGUGCCCUCUGAUGUUGACGAUGUCACUGAUAAAGAGAGCUUUGAGACUCACUUAGUGCUUCAGUGGACCAACGUGAACAAUGACACCAGUUAUAAUUACACACUGAGAGACAGUGACGGCAACAACACCUUCAUCCCUGGAUCAAAUGGAGGGAACACAGUGACACACACAGUCCCAUCUCUCUCCCCUGGGACUAAGUACACAUUCACUCUUUUCACUGUGUUUGAAGGAGUACAGAGCAAGGGAUUUCACUUUUCAGAGGCUACAGUUCCCUCAGCAGCCGAAGUGAAGGUGACAAAUCGGGCUGAGACAGAGUUAACACUGCAGUGGAGCACAGUGAACAGCACUGACUACAUACUUUUGGACAGCUCUGGCGAAAACAUCUCAUUCUCCGGUCCACUAGAAAGAACAAUGACACAAACAGUAUCAUCUCUCUCUCCCGGGACAGAAUACAGCUUUACUCUUCGCACCAUCUUUGAAACUAAGACUAACGAAUAUAAUUUCUCUUCUGUUACAACAAUCGACUGUGCUGCCUCAAAGUGGACGAUCACCAACUUCACCAUUAAGGCAGAGGUUGUGGGGCUGUUCUCCACGGCAGCAGCUACGAAUGGGACUGAUGUAACUGGCACAGUGGGGGAAAACAAAGUGUCCUUCACUGAUCUUUACCCUGGGGCUACUUACAAUGUGUCACUCUAUUAUCAGUUAAAUCAACAAGAUCUUUUACAGUGUUCUCACAGUUUAACUUUAAUUCCUGCCGUAGUGACCAGUUUGCACUGUGAGCGUGGAGACUACUCUGUGAGACUAAAGUGGGAGAAACCAUUUGGUGUGUGGACUGAAGUGGAGGUGAAUGUGAGUGGGAGAGGUUCUGAGUCAGUAUCAGGAACAGAACUUAUAGUAUCUGGACUUCAGCCUGCUCAGACCUACAGCAUCAAUGUCGCAUCACUCUCUGGAGCUAUGAGGAGUUCACCUGAAGGCAUCAGCUGUCAUACUCAUUCAACGGUGAUCUGGCUACCAGUGCUGCUCAUCAUCCUAAUGGGCCUCCUGACGGCCCUGGGAGUGUUUAUGUUACGAAGAAAGCCCGAAUUACUCAGCAAAGUACACAUGCCGAUGUCCAAAAGACCCACCGAGAUGCAGUCCUCUCAAGGAAAAUUUGAGGCAAUUCCAGUGAAGACAUUUUCAGAACAUUUCCACCACAUGACCCGUGAUGAGAACCGAGAGCUCACAGCAGAAUAUAUGGGAUUUAACACUGCAGGAGCAGACCAAACACAGCGUGAAGCCACUCUUUCAGAGAACAUGAGCAAAAAUAGAUUCACCGAUAUACUACCAUAUGACUCUUCUCGUGUGAGGCUCAAUACACGUGGCCAUGACUCAGACUACAUCAACGCCAACUACAUACCUGGCUAUGGGCGCAAGAACAAGGAGUACAUUGCGACUCAAGGUCCACUCCCCUCCACUGUCAGUGACUUCUGGAGAAUGAUCUGGGAGCAAAAGUCAGGACAGAUUGUCAUGGUAACCAACUGUAUAGAGAAUGGAAAGACUAAAUGUGAGAAGUACUGGCCCCAGGAUCAUACUCCAUGCCGCUAUGAUGAUCUGCUCAUUACCAUGAAGUCAGAGCAUAAAGAGACCUACUGGACCACGCGUGAAUUCAUUGUGAAAAAUGAGGCUAGCUCAGAGGAGAGAGUGAUAAAGCAGUUCCACUUCACGGCCUGGCCAGACCAUGGCGUUCCUUAUGGGACCGAGACACUGAUCCAGUUCCGUGGACUCAUCCGGCAUCACAUUGACAAUUCUCAAAACCCAGGGCCCACAGUUACGCACUGCAGUGCUGGAGUUGGCAGAACAGGCACUCUGAUAGCUCUGGAUGUGCUCCUCCAGCAGCUGGAGAGAGAGAAAGCCGUGGACAUUGCAGGGUUUGUCCAUAGCAUGAGAUGCCGUAGGCCCCGCAUGGUGCAGACAGAGAGCCAGUAUUUAUUUCUGCAUCAGUGCAUCAAGGACCAUCUGACAGAGAAACCAGUGGAGCCGUUAUAUGCCAACGCUGUGAUUUAUGAAAACGAAGAAGCCCUGAAGCAGUACCGUUCUGACCAGAUAGCAGGUCGAUGAUAUUCAUCAGUUGUUUCACAAGCUUACAGAUAAAGAAGACAUUUCAACAGAUAAUGACCUUUGAACUCAAACUGCCCACCAGAACUACAUGCACUAAUGCCACUAUAUCAUGACUGUAAAUAGUUUUUGUUCACUCAUGUGCUCAGGUUUGAUUUGUGUGUUACAUCUUCUGGUCAGUUUCGGCAUGAUCUCAAGUCAUGAACUCACUAAGGCAAACAAAAAAAACAAGCUUAUUAUACAAAGCAGUGUAGAAUAUAGUGCAAUCUGGACAUUAUGUAGACUACCUUUCAGCGCAAUACCUAUAGGUCUACGUGACCAAUUGUUAGACAAAGUCUUUGUAAUGUUAAUGUUAUGCUUUACCACUUGACAGAAAUAAUGCCUGAAGCUGUGUUUUGUGUGUCCUAACUUGAAAUGGUGUGUGUUUUAUGAAAAAGCCAGACAUAAGCCAAUUCUUCACAGCUAAACAUAUUCACAGCUAAUUACUGCUACUCACAAACUAUGCUUGUGGAGGGCAAAAUGCACUGUAAUUAAUUUCACUUCAAUUUGAAGGCAAUAAUCCACCACAGAAGUUUCAUUUUGUUUUCAACACUAGCCUCUUUGAAAAGGUACUCUCAUUCCUGGGGAGAUAACGCUGCUCUUUGUGCUGCAGACAGAAGUACCCAGGCAUAGGCCGCUGAUAUCAUUUAGUGCAUGACAACUUCCCUUUGGCAGGUGUAGUCUGAAAGGCUUCUGUUCUAAUCAUCUGGGAAAUCUGUAACGUGGGAGUUCAGGUUUCAGUUGUGGAUAAUUUAAGCAUGGUUUUAAUUUUACAACCUAAAACCAAGAUUGGAAGAACAUCUUGGAUUAUGGAAUGGAAUGAUUAAUAGUUGUAAAAUGUAAAUAAAACAAUUUUUUCUCAUC